AUGGUCAAGGAUCCACUCCAGAGCAGCUCCCGCUCCACCUUCCUCCUCCUCGUCUUCUUCCUCGCAGCCCUCCCAGGGCUGCGGGCGGCCGUGCAACUGGUGGGGUCCGGAGGUGGUCUCCAGACACCCGGGGGGUCCCUGCGCCUCCUCUGCAAGGGCUCCGGCUUCACCUUCAGCAGCUUCGGCAUGUACUGGGUGCGACAGGCACCUGGGAAGGGGCUCGAAUAUGUCGCGUGUAUUGACGAUGAUGUUAGUACCACCUGGUACGCGCCGUCGGUCAAGGGACGCUUCACCAUCUCGAGGGACAACUCCCAGAGCACGCUCACGCUGCAGAUGAACAGCCUCAGGGCCGACGACACGGCCACCUACUACUGCGGGAAAGAUGCUGGUGCAACUCGAGUCCUCUUGGGCAGAGAGGACCCUGCCAGCAGGACCCACCCCAGAGCAGCCCCCCAUUCCACCUUCCUCCUCCUCGUCAUCUUCCUCGCAGCCCUUCCAGGGCUGCGGGCGGCCGUGCAACUGGUCGAGUCCGGAGGUGGUCUCCAGACACCCGGGGGGUCCCUGCGCCUCCUCUGCAAGGCCUCCGGCUUCACCUUCAGCAGCUAUGCCAUGAACUGGGUGCGACAGGCGCCCGGGAAGGGGCUCGAGUGGGUCGCAGGUAUUUACAGCAGUGGCAGCGCCUACUAUGCUCCAUCGGUCAAAGGACGCUUCACCAUCUCGAAGGACAACUCCCAGAGCACGGUCACGCUGCAGAUGAACAGCCUCAGGGCCGACGACACGGCCACCUACUACUGUGCGAAAGAUGCUGGCAGUGACACUGAUGCUCACGUCGAGCCCCAGCAUUCCUGCUCUGUGUCCCCAGAUCCCACCAACUUUCCAAAGACCAUCCACUUUAGCAUGGACCCUUGCACCAAAACCGAAUCCUUUCCCUGA